AUGAACGAAAUCAAAAAGACGGUGUUAACAGAAAAGAAGAAUGAAGAAAUAACGACAAUUUUAAAUAAAAAUAUAUUAUUUAAAGAGUACAGUAACACAAAUGAUUUGAAGGAUGAUACGUUUGUGAAUAUCACAACAGAUUACAGCUUAGAGAGUGAAAAGGAAAAAAGCAAUAUUUCUUUAUUUAGCAUUUUUAAAAAAAAAUUAAAAGAGGAAAAGUAUUGUAGUAGAUUUUUAAUUCUUUUUAAAAUACCAUGUAAUGCAAAUCAAAAAAAAAAAGUCAUUGAAACGUUGAAGGCUGAUCUUAAGGAAAAGUAUGGACCUAUUACAGGUGUUUGUAUUAUGGUAAACAUUUAUGGUAUUAUGCUAUUAGAGUGUGUUGGGACUAGUAAUAUAUUUUCCUUCAUAAAACACUUGGGUGGUAUAAAAGAAAUUUAUAAAGUCCAAAUAUUAUAUUUCAGCGAAUUACAUAAUCAAAUUAUAAAUGAUGAUUUUUAUUUCUAUGAAUAUAGCAAAGAAGACCCUAAAGGAGUAUCAUCGGGCGAGUGUAACUAUGUGGACGAGGUGUGGGACUUGUACAUAAACGUCCUAAGUUUAUGCUGUUUUAUUAAAAACAACAAGGAUAAACAGAAUAUUUUUGAUUUGAAUGAAAACAUAAAAAAAAAUUUCUCAUCACUGCCAAAUUUGUAUAAUGAUGACGCAAAACAGUACCUAUGGAAUAUGGAUGAGUUCGUCUCCUUUUUCAUCGAGGACUUUAAGCUACCAUUUGACGAUUUUUCCGAUGACUUCUUGGACUUUUAA